AUGGAGGACGUGAUGGAGGUGCGCACGGACGGCAACUCCCUCCUGAAGGCCGUCUACCUGUGCCGCCUUCGGCUGACCCGCCUCCUGCUGGAGGGCGGGGCCUACAUCAACGAGAGCAACGAGCGCGGGGAGACGCCACUUAUGGUCGCCUGCAAGACCAAGCACGCCGACCAGCAGAGUGUGCCAAAGGCCAAGAUGGUCAAGUACCUGCUGGAGAACGGUGCCGACCCCAACAUCCAGGACAAGUCCGGGAAGACUGCCCUGAUGCAUGCCUGCCUGGAGCGGGCCGGCGUGGAGGUGGUGUCCCUGCUGCUGACCAGCGGGGCCGACCCCAGCCUGGAGGACCACUCCAGCUCCUCCGCCCUGGUCUACGCAGUCAACGCCAAUGACAAGGACACCCUGAAGGUGCUGCUGGAUGCCUGCAAGGCCAAGGGGAAGGAGGUUAUCAUCAUCACCACGGACAAGCUGCCCUCCGGCCGGCAGAUGACCAAGCAGUACCUCAACGUGCCCCCGCCUCCCGACCUGGAGGACCGUCUCCACUAUUCCCCCCUGGCCUGCAUGUCUCCCUCUGAAAUUGAGUUCCGCACCUCGCCCCUGGCCACCACCUCCCAGGGGGAUAAACGCAUUUUCAGCUUCAAGGACUGCCAGGGGGGUCCCGGCAGCGCCACCUCCUCCCAGCCCGGGUCACCGACGCGCGACCUGAACCCGAUGCACAGUGGCGUGGCCAAGCUCCUGCAUCUGCAGAGGCUGCACUCCGAGCCUUGGCUGAAGAUCCCCCCGACCCUGCUCCUGCAGCAGAACAAGGCCUGCUCUCUAACGGAGGACCUGCUGGACAUCACCCCCGAGGAGGAGCUCUCCUUCAGGAUCAAUGGGCUGACCUUCCCCAAGGCGCCUAUCACCCGCCACCAGAGCAUCGACGUCAAAGACGCCACAGGCCUGAGCAGGGCCCUGGAGCAGGCCGGUGCCAACGGGGGCCGGGGGAAAGGAGCAGGAGGCCUGGGCCGCAAGAUGUCGUACGACGAUAUCUCCUCCUCGCACUCCGCCUCGCACCCGGACCUCCACCGCAACAGCGCCGGUGCCGCCCCCGUCCCCGUGGACAAGGACCCCGACUGCCUCCCCAACCUGGCCGUGUCCAGCCUGCGCAACAUCGUCCAGCGGCGCAAUAUCGGGAUGGACCACUACAGCUCCGACUCCCAGCUGCCCCAGUUCAGCAGCCACCCGCUGGAGGACUGCAGGGGCGCAGCGGAGAAGAGGAAGCUGGUGUCCACGCGCUCCUCCACGCUGUGUGGCUCCCGGGAAUCCCUGGAGAGCAUGUCACGGAGGAGUGCCGGCGCGCUGGAGCGCCGCGGCUCAGGGGCCCUGCUCCUGGAUCACAUCUCCCAGACCAGGCCUGGGUACCUGCCUCCACUGAACCCGCACACGCCCAUCCCUGACAUUGGAGUCAACGCCGCCGGCACCUCCGGGGCUCCCGGUGGCAGCAGCGGCGGCGGCCUGGUGAAGCCCGUACCUGGGGGCUCCGUCACUCCGGGGCCCAAACCCCUGAUCCCCUGUGCCCCCAGCUUCCCUCGGGAUCUCAAGGCCAAGAAGAUGCUGCUGAGACGUCAUUCCAUGCAGACGGAGCAGAUCAAACAGCUGGCUAAUUUCGAGGAGAUCUUCGGCCACUGA